AUGUGUGAACGGCUUGCUGACCGUGAAAAGAUAAUAACAAAUGGCCCAUGGAUGCUAUUUGAUCAUUACUUGGCUGUAGCACGAUGGACUCCUGACUUUGCCUCUCCGCAUGCUAAAGUGGAGAAGACACUGGUAUGGAUCAGAUUCCCAGGCCUUAAUUUACUGUACUAUGAUGAAAGUGUUCUCUUGGGUCUGGCUUCUGUUGUCGGCACACCGGUCAAGGUAGACACGAAUACAUUGUCGGUGGAGAGAGGCCGAUUUGCUAGAAUCUGCGUGGAGAUUGAUCUUACUUUGCCGGUGGUUGGAAAGGUCAAUGUAAAUGGACAUUGGUACAAUGUUCAAUAUGAAGGCCUACACAUUAUUUGCGGCGGAUGUGGAUGUUAUGGUCAUCACACUCGCGAUUGUACGAAAACAACGAUGCUACCCAAUAAAAAAAUAGCGGUAGUGGCGACGCAAGGUGGAGCGCCGGUCGGAGAUGUAAGGAGAGAGAAAUCGGUGUCGGAGCCCAACAAGGAAAGCGGCGCUGAUAAUUUGGAAACAAAUGCUGCGAAAAUUAAUGUUGUACAUGGUGAUUGGCUAGUUGUCCAGCGCAGGAAAAAAAACAACAAAAAAAACAAUCCUAGUCAACCAUCAUCAUCGCUGGAAACUAAUAGGCUUAAUGAUAUUGACUAUAAAAAAGGAAAAGAAUCUUCAACUACCUUAAAGGGAUUACAUGACAAUAAUGUUGCAGGAGUGGGACCCAAUAGAAUUUCUUCUAGUACCAAAAAAAGAAGACUUGACAAAAGUGGCUCCUUGGAAACAUGUCACUUCUCUAGAAGGCAAGACCCACACACUAAAGACAAAACAGGACCAAAAGUGGGCCCCAACGUGGACACAAAGACAAAGGCCAUGGUUGGGCCUAGUUACAAUUUUGGCCCAAAUGCUAAAGACCACAUGCAAACUGUUCUUCACAACCCAAACAGUACGAGCUCGAAUUUGGAGCCAGCGACCAGCAAUUCUCAGCGCAGUAUGCAAGAGAAAUCAGUUCCAACUUUUGAUGAAACCACUAGGCUUGUUGUCAUGGGAGAAGGAAGUACCCAAGAGGACGAACGUAUUCCAGAAUCUCCCAUUGAUUGGGAGUCGGUUAAGUAA